CUACGUCAAUUGGCCUGGAUUGGCAAGUGCUGCAAUCCUGAGAAAGUGAUCUACGGCUUUAUUUCACAGAAAGUCCCGUUAUAUGUUUGAUGAAUUUGGACAAUUUUCGUCAUCGUACUGGUAUGCUACCUAUAUUUCGUGUCGUUAGGCUUUGAGAACGAAUACUGAGUUGUAUUAACUAUUAUACCAAGAUGGUUUUGAUGGGGAGUAGAUGCCUUUCAGCUUUCUGUCAGAGAGUUUCAAAGAUGUACCAGGCAUCCUUGGUUCUUCCUGAGGGGUCAAAGGUAGCAGACAUCAAGUGCAAAAGUCAUCGGUUGAUGUUGGAUGCCGGUCUUAUCAGACAGGCGAGCCCAGGAACCUUUCACCUCUUACCCUUGACCUUGCGGGCGCUUGAAAAGCUGAUCAAAGUCAUUGACACAGAGAUGCGAAAGGUGGGAGGUCAGAAAAUUGCCAUGCCAGGAAUGACCCCCUCCUCCCUCUGGAAGACUUCUGGAAGAUAUUCAGAGUAUGGUCCAGAGCUGUUAACCUUACGUGAUCGCCAUGAUGUUGAAUACUGUUUGGGCCCAACACAUGAGGAAGCAGUAACAGAUAUAAUAGCUGGAGAAAAGAUGCUGUCUCACAGACAACUGCCCAUAAAACUUUAUCAGAUUACAAAUAAAUUUCGGGAUGAAAUGCGACCAAGAUACGGACUGCUUCGUGGAAGGGAAUUCCUAAUGAAAGAUUUGUACACAUUUGACUGUAGCAUGGAGAAGGCUGAGGAGACAUAUAGAUCUGUUUGUGAAGCGUACAAAGAAAUCUUCAGCAUUCUAAAUCUUCCAAUUGUGCAAGCUGUCGGUGCUACUGGAGCUAUUGGGGGAUCAUCCUCCCAUGAAUUUCACCUGUUAUCCGACAUAGGGGAGGAUCAGGUAUACCACUGUUCAAGGUGUGGGUAUGCAGUCAACCAAGAAACAGUAGAGGGCGUACCUUCGUGCCCAGAUCACCUGUCACAGCCUGAAUGCCCCAUGGGGUUAAGGCAAGGCAUUGAGGUGGGCCACGCCUUUUUACUUGGCACCAAGUAUUCCAAGACCUUCAAAGCGGACUUCUUUGAUGAAGAGUGCAAGUCCAGAUUGGCUGAGAUGGGUUGUUAUGGACUGGGAGUAACCAGGAUACUGGCUGCAGCGAUAGAAGUCUUAUCAUCAGAUAAAGAGAUCAGAUGGCCACGGCUCCUAGCACCUUACCAGGUCUGCAUAAUAUCCCCAAAGGAAGGAGGAAAAGAGAGCUCUGCUAUACACCUAGCCGAGUGGCUUUAUCAGGAUGUGUGUCUUCACGCGCCUCACCUUGCAUCUGACAUGCUAUUGGACGAUAGAGGUCACAUGACAAUAGGAAGGAGGGUGAAGGAUGCCUCACAGAUUGGGUAUCCAUUGAUCGUUGUUGUGGGCAAGAGGGCUCUGGAAGCGGAUCCAAAGUUUGAGGUGAUCAACACAGCAACGGGAAGCACAGAAUAUCUAUCAAAAGUGGAGUUACUUCAGCAAAUGGAAUCCAUCGCUGUUUUAUGAUGAUUUGCAAUGAACUAGAAAAUUAUCCUUGGUGCUACAUCGAAGAAUGGAUUCUAGUCAGUAAGUGCUUGUGGUCAUCUAGUUGCAUGUAUGUUGUGGACUAUACUUCAGAAAAAGGAUGAGGAGGAGAAAAAGAAUGCUCACGCAUUAAAGUACAGAUUGCAGUUUCAUUUUUAUGUCACCUCUUCCAUCCAAAGAACUACUUUUUAAGAUGGUUGCAUUUAACACUUUUAUUGAGGAUUGAGAUUUUCAUACUUAACACACUGCACAGACAGGAGGUGCAAUUGCUCAGUCGGUAGAGCGGGAGUUUCGUAUUCUGGUGACAGGUUCGAUUCCCGAUUGAUGCGCUAGUGCCCUCAUUACCAGGUCCCUCGGAGAAGACCUUAAGCUGUCUGUCCUAUGGUUGCUUGCUUACAAGCUGUCAUGCUUUCUUAGCAAUCAGGUAAAAAAUCACUACCUUUUACCAUUGACCGGUUGACUUCUGAAUUAUAUAAUUCCCACAGGCUAGAUCAGGGACCGUCAGGUCCCAAUGGGUCAAUGGGUCCCUAUUGAGUUUUUCUACAAGUUGUGAUAAUUGGUUAUCAUAAAAAAUUAUGUCUACCUUUUCUUUAUCUUUUGGAUGAAAUAUAUCUAAAUUGAAGUCACCAACAAUAAUAUACUCCUUGUCAUCACUCUCUAUCUGGUAUAAGGUUUCAUUAAGUUGGUCUAGAAAUUCAGAAUUUUAGUUUGGAAGAUAGACAACUCCUAAGAUAAUAGGUUUGCUGGCUUUUAUGUCUAUUUCAACCCAGCACGAUUCAAAGUUUUUUGUCAUGACAUUGCGAAUUUUCUUAGAUGAGAUAUUAUAAGAAAUGUAUAAAGCUGUAUACCGCCAUGGCUUUUGAGUCCAGGUCAGUCCAUACGAGUGAGAGAAUACCCAGGAAUGACUAUUUCCAUGUUUCUAAUAUCUUUAUGCAACCAUGUUUCUGUUAUUGAAAUGACAUCGAUAUUUUCCCCAGAUAAUAUUUUCAAAAGAACUAGUUCAAGUCUUAGACUCUGAAUGUUCAACUGGGCGAUUUUGAAGCCCUUAGUAAUGCAAAAGUGAGUUGACUCAGGGUAUCUACCUCCUGUCUUUUAGUAAGUUUACUCUCAGUCUUUGAGUUCAAUAAGACAAUUGGUCGUUGUUUGCCUACUUUCUGGGUGUUUGUUGGCGAUUCGUCCAAAAAAUGUUGUAUUUUCCGUGCUCCCAUUCCUGAUCGCCACCCAGGUUAGUUCUGAUAGUUUAUACAACCCCUGUCUCAGAUUCGGGUUUGACCAUCGCUCUCUCUUUCUGGUCCCAGUUCUGAUUUUCACUUUGGAUGUCAUUCCAGUACUGUUCAAGCCACAUAUGAUUCCGUCCGCACUCUUCACUCGCAUCUGUCUCAGGUCACUCUUAAUCUGGUCCCAGUUCUGAUCGUCACUUUGAAUGCCGUUCCAGUUCUGUUAAGGCCACAUCUCAUUCCAGUUCUGCGCUUUCGGAAAACGCCAGCCACUUUUCCUAAUAUAUGUCUUUCGAUAUAUUUUAUUUCGAUUAAAGGAAAAGUUUAAUUUUGGCGGGAUUUUGCAAUCUUCUACUUCUUCAUUAGUCACAGUAUCUUCUUCUACUUCUUCAUUAGUCACAGAAUCCACUUCUACUUCUUCAUUAGUCACAAAAUCAUCUUUUACUUCUUCAUAAGUCACAGACUCAUCUUCUACUUCUUCAUUAGUCACAGUAUCUUCUUCUACUUCUUCAUUAGUCACAGAAUCCACUUCUACUUCUUCAUUAGUCACAAAAUCAUCUUCUACUUCUUCAUUAGUCACCGACUCAUCUUCUACUUCUUCAUUAGUCACAGAAUAAUCUACUACUUCUUCAUUAGUCACAGAAUCCACUUCUACUUCUUCAUUAGUCACAGAAUCCACUUCUACUUCUUCAUUAGUCACAAAAUCAUCUUUUACUUCUUCAUUAGUCGCAGAAUCCACUUCUACUUCUUCAUUAGUCACAGAAUCAACUUCUACUUCUUCAUUGGUUACAUAAUCCACUUCUACUUCUUCAUAAGUCACAGACUCAUCUUCUACUUUUUCAUUAGUCACAGAAUCAUCUUCUACUUCUCCAUUGGUCACAAAAUCCACUUCUACUUCUUCAUUAGUCACAAAAUCAUCUUCUACUUUUUCAUUAGUCACAGAAUCAACUUCUACUUCUUCAUUGGUCACAGAAUCCACUUCUACUUCUUCAUUAGUCAAAAAAUUAUCUUUUACUUCUUCAUUAGUCACAGAAUCAAAUUCUACUUCUUUGUUAGUCUCAAAAUUAUUUUUACUUCUUCAUUAGUCACAGAAUCAACUUCUACUUCUUCAUUGGUCACAAAAUCAUCUUUUACUCCUUCAUUAGUCACAGAAUCUACUUCUUCAUUAGUCACAAAAUCAUCUUCUACCUCUUCAUAAGUCACAGAAUCAACUUCUACUUCUUCAUUGGUCACAGAAUCCACUUCUACUUCUUCAUUAGUCAAAAAAUUAUCUUUUACUUCUUCAUUAGUCACAGAAUCAACUUCUACUUCUUUGUUAGUCUCAAAAUUAUUUUUACUUCUUCAUUAGUCACAGAAUCAACUUCUACUUCUUCAUUGGUCACAAAAUCAUCUUUUACUUCUUCAUUAGUCACAGAAUAAACUUCCAUUUCUUUGUUAGUCUCAAAAUCAUCUUCUACUUUUUCGUCAAGCUGAAAAUCUCUUACUCUUUCAACGUCAUCAGAAUCCGUAACGGUUGAUACAGGUGCACUUGUUGAUUUAUGAUAAACAGCAAUGUAUGCAGAUCCCUCGGAAUCAAAGAUGUUUCUUUGACUGUCUCUGUAGUAAUUAAUCGUAUUGUCAUCAAUUAUGGUAUCGGAAUCUGUUCUGAUCAAUGUCGUGUAGUGACCUAAAUUCGAAAAAUUGCCAUGGUGUCUAAUAACUGACAGCAACUGAUGCUUUUCUAUGAUUUGACCUUCUUUAACUGAAACUAAUUCUUGGACCUUUACUCUUGUAUUGAUCUUUAUUUGGUUUCCUGUUUCACUUAAGUCUCCAGAUAUCCUUUGUAAGUGAAUAAAAAGAAGGUUAGGUGAAUUUAUCACAUCUGUUGAAAAGUAGGCAGUGUGAUUGCAGCAUUUUGGACAAUUGCUGGUUAUUUUCUCUAUUUGCUUGGAUCGAUUAUUGAUCAUAUCUUGGAUAUUCAUUACACUAUUACAUUUUGGAACCGUAAUAGUCCAUAUAUUUUGCAUUUCAAAUGAACAACUUGUGUUAUCGCAUUUCGUGCAACAACGUCAUAUUUCUACCAUGCCUUUACACAGUGUCCCCAAUCCACAAACUUGAACAAAUAGAAUAAUCAAGUUUAUUAAGAAUUCAUGUGCAUCUUGCUGCCUUCCUACCCGAAAUCUGCAUGAAUUACUUACUGCGGUAACAACGUCCUUCACAGUGUUUUCUGGGAUCGUCCCCUCUUUAAAAUCUUUAAAAUGGCAUCAAAUGCUAAUUUGCUAUCAUGAUCUUCUAUACAACCUCCAUAUUAUGUGUAAGUGUCUAAAACAAAAUGAACUUGCGGUAUACGUAUCACUGCUUGCAUGACGGAGUUAAACCAACAGUUAUUACCAAAAUUUCCUAUUCCAACAAAGUGGCCUACUUGUACAUGUUUUAUCUUCUCUUUCUCAAGAUAGCUCAAAGGAUUCCUUUUCGGGGCGUUUUUAAACACUCCAACCUGUUUAUUCGCACCCUUUUUGGUCCAUUCCUCUUUGAUCGUAACGGUACUUGCCGACUUAACAGGGGUACUUGGCUCACCAAAAUUUUGUGGAGAUUUGGCUGGGUGUGCAGUAGUAGCGUGCAUGUUAAAAGUGCUGUUUUUAUCCUGUUCAUUGUCGUGUGAUUUCUUCUAGAAUACCUUGUGGCAUGAUCAUGGUACCUUAUCUGUAUUCCUUUUAAGUCCUUCGUGAGUAUGCUAAUAAACUCAUCAACUCGAUAAUCUUUUUUGUUCCAAGCUGGAUGUUUUUCAAAACUCCCACCCUCUGUUCUGCAUGACCAGUUGUCUUUGGCAUGUUUGCAAUCUCAGUUUCGUAGUCUGUAUAAGAUUUUUUUGUUUUAUUUGCAGUGUACCGACUUAAAUCUCUAAGAAUUAUACUUGACCACAAUAUGCAUGUUGGGAUGAGAUCUUUUAAAAUCUUCAUAAACAACUUGUCAUUAUGUUCUGGGUUUUUAGGUAACGAAUUGGUUUCGUGCUUUUUUUUCUUCAGCGAAAAUCAAGUUCUUUAUUUUUUCCGUAUGAUUUCUAAAGAACACCUUGAAAGGGGAAGGUAUUUCAUUUAGGUAUUCGGCAAAUGAUAAAUUGACAUCACCAUCGACAGAUUCUUCCGAAGAAUCUUCAACAUUACCGUCAACAGUCUGUCUAAAAUCAAAGCUUUUAUCACCUAAAUAAUGUAUGGCAUCGUUUAGUCAUUUAGCAUGGUCUUUGAACAAAGUAUGUUGAUAUUUAGAGAGCAAACUACAGACAGGCUGGUGAAAAUGUCAACAAAAUUCCUCCCAGUAAAUCGCGUUUACCAGCAAACUUAUCCCAUACAUCGGUAAGCGCACUCUAUUGCUACCAGCCUUACACAUUUUUACAACGUUUUUCAUGAAGUGAUUUGUAUAGGCGUGUGGUAUCGUGAUAUUGAUGAAAUAGUUUGGCUCCGCUUUCAUAUUUACUAUUUCCAAGCCUCGGAAGAGUUUCGCAAUUGAAGAUUUUGAUAGCCCCAAGCCCUGUCACUACAAAUUACCUUUGGUGUACACAAAUUUGAGUCACCAAAUAUUUUCCUUUCGGAAGCUCUAAAUACAUUAAUCCAAUCCAUGAUAACAUGCUCUGUAUGUUCCUAAGUAACCAUCCAUGUAAGAGGGAGAGUUGGCCCCUUUUUAUUUUGCGGACCUACAUGUAUACACAUUUCAUAAUACAAUAAACCCUUCUUAUUCG